AUAUAUCAAAUACCGUCCGUUUACUUGUUAUUGAAUGUGCAACGUAGUGAAGGCAAAGCACUCAGCUCAUGUGAUCGCUUCUCAGCUAAAACUAGUCCAUUUCAUUGAAUCGUGUAUCGAGUGACAGCCUGUUCAGACGAUACGAUUAAAGUCGGUUAAGUGAUCAAAACUCUAGCAGUGCACGACUGGAGCUUGCACAGCGAACAUCGCACGAUCCGUCGUUGUUAUUUUCCAGCCAGCUCGUCACCGUUCUCAGGCCUAGCAUGUUACGCUGAGAGAGGCUUGAAGCAUCGCGAUCGUAACAUUCGUUCUUUUAUACUGUUGUUUCUAUGGUUACUGGGAUUUAAGCUGUUCUAAGUGUAAAUGUUGUUCACAAACACACCAUUGAAGGAUCAUAUAAUACUAAUAUACCAGUCGUAAAGAGGUAGCAUGAGCCACGGUUAUUCUAAUAACCUCGACUAAACAUUUAGACAAUACUACGUGAGUAAGAAGGGAGCAUCGCUGCAUCAUUUAGCGGUGGACUUAUCGUCUUCAGCAAUCGUUUUUAUCUGAAUCUUUUGGGGCCGAUGUUUUAUAAGGUAGUCUUCGUUGUUUGUGAAUUGUGAUAGAUUUAGGUUCUUCAAUCAGUGAUCGAGGAUGUCAAACGGUUCAUCGACACAUUCUAAGUUAAUUUUCGAACCUGCAUCUUCAGAAAGUAAGGAAAAUAUGCGACCUAACGCUAACACAGCCAAUAGUAUGAAUCCGUCGUCUGCACGGUUUUGCGCGGGAUGUGGAAGCAGUAUUGUAGACCGAUUUUUGUUGUUUGCUGUCGAUAGUUAUUGGCAUACUGGAUGUUUGAAAUGUGCGUGUUGUGAUGCGCAACUCGAAGACAUCGGACCAUCCUGCUUCUCCAAGAGAGGGAUGAUCUUGUGUAAAACAGACUACUUGAAGCUGUUCGGAAACAGUGGAGCUUGUGCCGCUUGCUGUCAACAAAUUCCCGCCAAUGAGUUAGUGAUGCGCGCGCAGAGCAAGGCGUACCACGUAAAAUGUUUUAUAUGUAGUACUUGCCAUAUACCCCUGAAUCCUGGUGACCGAUAUACAAUGGUGAACGGGAGUCCAGUAUGUGAGAGUGACCACAGCAAACUGUACAAAUCGACCAAUAUGGCCAACAUGUCGAAAGGCGUUCGGGCGGGAAAUAAGGUUGUUUGUUGAAGAAAGUUUUUGCUGAACUAAAGAGGGCGUUGUUAAGUGCGGUAUCAGGAACGACCGACUGCUACGUCAAUUCGAAUACGUACUAGUACAGUGUACUAUACUCUGAGUUUUUCACAGACGAUUAUAACGCUGUUACCGAUUCAAGAUUGUCCUUUGUAAUGGAUUGUCUCACCUAUAGAACCGCCAACCAUCUUUUACGUGUAAAUUGUGUAAACAUUUAUUGUACAGAAAUGUUAAACUGUUCGUUUGUUUGAUCAUGUGACUGAAAUCACGUGCUACAUUGCCCAUUUGAGGUCAAAUAAUGCUCCGCUAAUUGCUCAAGUAAUAUUGUUCCGUCAUAUUCGUCCAUCAACGCGUUCUCUCAAAAGACAACUUUGGAACUAGAAUAACGGUUCAGCCAUUUGAGUCAAGUUAGUUCAAUAAACUAUACAUUAUUUGUCUUUAAAUGAAGAGGUUAUAUGACUACAUCGGACCAUGUGGCUCUGCGCUGAGGUUCUGUGUAUACUAAAAUGAUGGCUAGCCAGCUUGACAAAAGUGAUCAUAUUUAGUUUUCUGAAUGCGUUUUUAGAAUCAAGGAACUUCAGUCGGUAGAGGGCGUGUGAUAUGGUUUUGAACAGUUUAUUUUAUGAAACUACUGGAAAAGCAAAAACUUUUUAUUGAGCCACUUCAAAGACAAUCGACAUUUAAAAAAAUAUUCUCCUAAUUAAUGAGAGGAAAACUGAAGGUGGUGUUUUGUUUUGUUUUUUUAAAGUUUGAUUAUGCUCCUAGUAGAAACCUGUGCUUGUCUUUCUACAACUGCGCAUUAAGCAAAUAUCAUCCUUCUGUCCUGUGUAAAUAACGGUGCAUUUUUAUGCCAUUAAUGUAAAACAUUGUAUAUGCCCGCUGUAUAUAGAAAUGAUUCUAGCUUUGUAUAUAAUAAAUAAGAGAAUGCUUGUAUGCUCAAAUUAUUUUCAUUAUUAGUUUAUUUUGCCAUUAAGAUUAAGCUUAUACAAGUUUUCAUUUUAAUUAUAUUUUACCACUGUAUUUUUAUUGUUUCUAUUAUUAAUGAUAUUAUUAUUAUUAUUAAUAAUAAAUGAUUAUUAAUAUUAUUAAUAAAUGAUUAUUAUUAUUAUUAUUAUUAAUAAAUGAUUAUUAUUAUUAUUAUUGGUAUUGUUGUUAUUAUUAAUAUAGUUGUAUCCAUGAUUGCCAUUUUGGGGUUGGGGUGGUAACAAAAUAGAGACAGGGGAAGAGCCAGUUUGAUCGUAGCUUCGAUUUUUCAUUACUAGGCAACUGUAAUGCCCAAAUACUGGCCCCAGUGAUAGAUUGCUGGUUAUAAUGUAAGCAUUUAAGAUCCCCUUAUCCUUAUUACAAAAAAAAAUAGCCAAUUGUAUUUAUAUUCAGUACAUACUCCGACGGUCUUAAAAAUUGUGAAUAAUAACAACAAUGUCAAUAAUAAAAUUAUAAUUAUUAUUAUUUCAUAUUAAUAUUUUAGCCUAUUUCAUAUCGUAUUAUUAUUAAUUAAUAAUAAUAAUAAUAUAAUACUAUUAUGGUUGAUAAAUUAUAGGCCUAGGCCUAAUAGACCUAGUAACUAUUGUUUUAAUGAUUUCUUUUAACUUCUUGUAUUUUUACGCGUUGUUAUUUGUACCACAGUAUAAAUUAACCUCCGUGAAAACAUGGUGUUUUAUAUUUGUUUUAAUGUAUAUCAGAAUGAGAAGUUAGCCAAUGUUGUAUUAUUGUGUGUAUUAAGCUCAAAGCUGUCGAAAGUGUCUUUUCAGUAAAUAGAGCCUUAAAAAAUGUAUAAUUUGCCUCUGAUAUUACUGCCUAUAUUUAUAACAGAGGCGUAUAUUGUCACUCACCAACAUAGUGCGUUGUUUAUGCUUACCAACCUGGAUAAUAAACAUAGGUUUCAAAGACGUGUUUUAUCCAACUUCAAAGAGCAUAAAGUACUACGUUGUACUCCUGUCAGCCUGCAAAAAUAAUUUGAAAUUUGAAUGAGAUAGAGAGAUUCUGUCAAGUUAAGUUAUCGUUUGUUAAGUUCUUCCCCCGUUAAUAACGAUGUUAUUUCACUGGAGCUCUAAAGAAAUCGAUUAUAAUUUCCAUUUAACCGUUAAUCGACGGACCUACAGAGCGUGUGUGCGCACUUAUUAAAUGCAGAUUCGUGGUGCAGUCUCUCGUAUGUUACUUAGGGCCUUUUCAGAAGUCCAUUUACCAAAUAGAACGUAAUAUCAGUAACACGCGAAAUUGAGAUAGAUUUAAGCCGAUUUAGCUAAGUGCGCUCUCAUUACGACGAACUUUAAAAGCUUUUAGUUUAAUGUAAAGUACACGCACAGCCAAAUUUGCAAUGGAUGGAUAUUAAGUUUCGCCAUAUUUCACAAAUUUAGCUCCUCCAAGAAAAAGCAAUUCGAAGAACAUUCUCAAAAUCUAAUCAGAUAGUUUCAUUGAAUUCUGGCGGGUGAUUUGUGACGGACCGUUUACUAUCCUUCGUACACUUCAAAACUGUGUUUCUGUGAAUAAACCAUACUGCUAAACACGGUCUUACUCACAGGCGUUUUAUUAUAUAUGUUCUGUUGGGUUGUUUUACGAGUUUUUGGUUUAUUGUAUUGAACGUUAUUUUAGUAACGCAUAAAGAGCUUGCAUUAGUGGUGUUGUAAACGGGAGUGUAACAAAUGUUUCAAGAGGCACUUUGUAUUUAUUGAUUUUUUGUUGAGCACAUACGGUAAAGAUGCAUCGGGAAAAUGUCGUCAUUGUCUGCUGUGCGACAGAAGACAAUUUAGGUUUAUCAUUCAUAAUUUUUAUGAAAUUCUUUACACACUAAAUUGAUCGUGCGCAAAAUAUAAAACUGUAAGUAUGACAUCAUAUGGCAGGAUCACGAAUUUAUUGAAACAAAUUCUAAUAAAUAAACAUAAGGAACUAUACGGUAUUAAUAACUCAAAUAAGAAGAAAAGUGGAAACAACUGGGAUCUUUGAAAACUGUAAGUCUACAAAUCGGAAUGUCAUAAAAUAUAAAUGAAUGGUAAUAUCUAUAAAUGUAGAAAAAGGCGAUACUAGAGUGAUAAAGGCGAUAAGAGUAAUCGGAAAUAAUACUAACCGUUACUCGUAGACAUAGGCCUAACCUUUAAAUAUAUAUUGGUUUAUGACACCGAUUUAAGGUGCAUUCACACCAAAUCCAAAUUUUCGGAUCGGAAAACCUACCGAAGCAAUAAAAAAAAAAAUCGAAAGGGACGCUGGCGUUUAGCGCUUUGGAACCGGUCCGAAUUUCGGUUCGAUCCGAUGGGAAUGCAAGUUGACGCCAUGAAACUCGACCCCACUAACCCCUAAAUUCCUCCAUGGGUGCACCUAGACCCUAUAGAUACCCAGGCCACUAGUAUGAAUGAAUAAAGAGAACAAUGAGUGAUAAGAUACACGUAUACACGUAGGCCUAUAAUUUGCAAUCGUUUAAAACACGGGCCUAAAAGUACGGUAGCUUCCGUGGCCACCUUGCGCCUCCUGCCACUCUUAGAUCGACCGCUGCAGGCCCAGCAGCUGCAAAGUCCUGGGACAAGAGUCGCUCUUGGUGACACUGAUGAUGAUCAUCAUGAUCAUGAUCAUGAUAUGAUGAUGAUCAUGAUCAUGAUCACGAUGAUUAUGAUGAUCAUGACAUGACGAUGGUAUAGUAAUUUGGCAUAUUAUAAUAAUGAGAGCUAUUGCGGUGGAUCAAAACAUGUGUCGCCUUAAUAAAGGUGUCUUCUGAAUAGAGGUUGUCCGUAGUGUUUUCUUUAAUAUACUAUACAUUUUCCCUCGGUUCUCGGCCUAAAGGUUUACCCAAAGGAGGGAUGUUAAGCUGUCAAGAUUAUUAAAUUUCCUUUGACAAAAUAUUGUAUUAUGCCCAUAUAUAUAGUCACGAUGUGAUGUCAUGACCAUAUUUAGACAUGCAACAUGUUUUUGUCAAAUAACGUUUGAUAUUCUUGGACAGGGCUUGAGCAUUGUAAUAGUUCGAACAUGUUGAAUUGACGAUUUGAUUAAACGUUUAUUUAUUUAAUCAAAGGAAGAUUCUAGAUGAUUUCGCCAAGGUGAUAAGCAUUGAACAAAUAUUGAUGAAACCGUACAACUACAGUAGUAAAGUACAGUGCAGUAACUUUUUUGUCAUCAUGAUGAAUAAAAAGUGUAGCCGCGUUAGUCUGCUAUAAAACAGUAUAAGAAAUUACAACAGCACCUCUACAAAUGGGAUAUAAAACAUCUAUAAUAUACAACAUAGAUAAAGAAAUGGUAUACUUCCCCCUUCUUUAUCUCUUAUUUUAAAAUUAUUGUGUAACUCGAAAAAAAAAAAACCAUGAAAUUACAGACCACCUGAAACACUGUAUUAAAUUAUAUAAUAUAGAAAACGGACUAAGAAUGGAAAGCGCUACUUAAAAUUAUAAAUAUAGGCCUAUGUAAUUUACUGAUAUUGGUGACGUUUUUUAUGUAAUAUACGUUUAGAAUUAUAGUAAGUGUGAAAAUUUGGCAGACCAAAAAUGCCAGCAUUUAUAUAAAUGACAUAAUUAAACGCCUACGCAUACUGGUA